AUGUCGUCCUCCAGAGGAGGAGCGGGGCCGUCCUCGGAGGCGCCGGCGCCGAGGCGGAUCAUGCGGACGCAGACUGCCGGGAACUUGGGAGAGUCGGUGAUUGACAGUGAGGUUGUGCCUUCCUCUCUCGUCGAAAUUGCGCCCAUUCUUCGUGUUGCUAACGAAGUUGAAAAGACUCAUCCCAGGGUUGCUUAUCUCUGCCGCUUUUACGCGUUUGAGAAAGCUCACAGGUUGGAUCCCAACUCAAGCGGUCGCGGUGUUCGCCAAUUCAAAACCGCACUUCUUCAACGCCUUGAAAGAGUAACUAACCAUUCUCCUACUUCUUUCUGCCUCUGCUGCACACACUCUUUCCCACUUGGUCUCCUCCAAUAUAUCUUCCGCCCUGCUUUACCGUUAAAUAUUCUGGGAAUCCUGAAGAAUUGUAUGUCAUACACAUGCAAUGUAGUUGUGUGUGUGGUUCAUUUGCUGUUAUCAUUAAUAAACAUGAAUGGAAAGUUCAGCAUUGACUCUGCCCUGCUUAGGCUGCGGUGUUUUACUCUUGCACAGUACGGGGAAAAUGAUCCAACCCUGAAAGGAAGGGUUAAGAAAAGCGAUGCUCGUGAGAUGCAGAGUUUUUAUCAGCAUUACUACAAAAAAUAUAUCCAAGCUUUACAAAAUGCUGCUGAUAAAGCUGACCGUGCGCAGCUCACCAAGGCUUACAACACGGCUAAUGUUCUUUUUGAGGUUUUGAAAGCUGUUAACAUGACACAAUCUAUGGAAGUUGAUCGCGAGAUUUUGGAGACCCAAGAUAAAGUUGCCGAGAAAACAGAGAUCUUAGUUCCGUACAAUAUUCUUCCUCUUGAUCCUGAUAGUGCUAACCAGGCUAUAAUGAGAUUUCCUGAGAUCCAAGCUGCUGUAUAUGCUCUUCGUAACACUAGGGGUCUUCCUUGGCCUAAGGACUACAAGAAAAAAAAGGAUGAAGACAUUUUGGAUUGGCUUGGGUCAAUGUUUGGAUUUCAGAAACACAAUGUUGCAAAUCAGAGAGAGCAUUUGAUCUUACUGCUUGCUAAUGUUCACAUAAGACAAUUUCCAAAGCCUGAUCAGCAACCGAAGUUGGAUGAACGUGCUCUGACAGAAGUGAUGAAGAAACUUUUCAAGAAUUACAAAAAAUGGUGCAAGUAUUUGGGUCGGAAAAGUAGCCUCUGGUUACCUACCAUACAGCAAGAAGUACAGCAGCGCAAACUACUAUAUAUGGGUCUGUAUCUUCUAAUAUGGGGCGAAGCUGCCAACCUACGCUUCAUGCCAGAAUGCCUUUGUUAUAUAUAUCACCAUAUGGCUUUUGAAUUGUAUGGUAUGCUUGCUGGUAAUGUCAGUCCGAUGACGGGAGAGAAUGUAAAGCCAGCUUAUGGAGGUGAAGAAGAGGCUUUUUUAAGGAAAGUGGUCACUCCUAUCUACAACGUGAUUGCUAAGGAAGCUGCUCGUAGCAAAAAGGGAAGGUCAAAGCAUUCACAGUGGAGGAACUAUGAUGAUUUAAAUGAAUAUUUCUGGUCUGCUGAUUGUUUUCGGUUAGGUUGGCCAAUGCGUGCUGAUGCCGAUUUCUUUUGUCUGCCUUAUGAAAAGUUGGUAUUUGAUAAAUCUAAUGAUGACAAGCCACCCAGCAGAGACAGAUGGGUUGGGAAAGUGAAUUUUGUUGAGAUAAGAUCAUUUUGGCAUAUUUUCAGAAGCUUUGACCGAAUGUGGAGUUUUUUCAUUCUGUGUUUACAGGCUAUGAUUAUUGUUGCUUGGAAUAAAUCUGGGGAUCCAACUGUGAUCUUUAAUGGUGACGUGUUCAAGAAGGUGUUGAGUGUGUUUAUAACAGCAGCUAUAUUGAAGUUUGGGCAAGCUGUUCUUGACGUGAUCCUAAGCUGGAAAGCACAACGGAGUAUGUCGCUGUAUGUUAAGCUAAGAUACAUUCUAAAAGUUGUUUCAGCUGCAGCAUGGGUGGUUGUUCUGUCUGUUACUUAUGCGUAUACUUGGGAUAAUCCUCCUGGGUUUGCUCAAACCAUUAAAAGUUGGUUUGGAAGUAAUGGUUCAAGUGCCCCUUCAUUGUUUAUUUUGGCUGUUGUUGUUUAUCUGUCACCAAAUAUGCUUGCUGCGAUAUUCUUUCUGAUCCCAUUUAUUCGUCGUCAUCUCGAAAGGUCAAACUAUAGGGUUGUAAUGCUAAUGUUAUGGUGGUCACAGCCUCGUCUGUAUGUUGGUACAAUAUUCCUAGCAUCUGAUAUUAAUUUGUCAACGUUUUUAAUGUCAGAUGUCGCUGACAGUCAUUUUGAUAUUUACUUGUUCUUACUCUCUAUUGCAUCAAUGAAGCAUUACAGGGCAAUAACUUUACCUUCUAGGAACAAUAUUGGUGUUGUAAUUGCACUUUGGUCUCCAAUUAUCCUGGUAUACUUCAUGGAUACCCAAAUUUGGUAUGCCAUAUUCUCAACAUUAUUUGGUGGUAUUUAUGGUGCCUUUCGUCGGCUUGGGGAGAUACGGACACUAGGAAUGCUAAGGUCUCGUUUUCAAUCCUUGCCUGGUGCCUUCAAUGCCAGUUUGAUUCCGGAAGAAACAAGCGAGCCAAAGAAAAAAGGAUUAAAAGCCACUUUGUCACGCAGAUUUCCUGACAUCUCAUCUAACAAAGGGAAGGAGGCUGCAAGGUUUGCACAAUUGUGGAACCAAAUAAUUACUAGUUUCAGGGACGAAGAUCUUAUUAGUGAUAGGGAAAUGGACCUUUUGCUUGUACCUUAUUGGGCUGAUACUCAGUUGGACCUUAUACAGUGGCCCCCCUUUCUACUUGCUAGCAAGAUACCAAUUGCACUAGAUAUGGCUAAGGAUAGCAAUGGAAAGGACCGAGAGCUAAAGAAAAGAAUUGGAGCUGACAACUACAUGUCUUGUGCUGUCCGUGAGUGCUAUGCUUCAUUUAAGAGCAUUAUUAAGCAUUUGGUUCAAGGGGAACGAGAGACACGGGUUAUAGAGUACAUGUUCGAUGAAGUGGAUAAACAUAUAGAAUCAGAUAAACUGAUUAUUGAAUUCAGAAUGAGUGCACUUCCUAGCCUCUAUGCAAAGUUUGUUCAGCUUAUAGAAUAUUUGCUGGCAAAUGAUCCAAAAGAUAGGGACCAAGUUGUGAUUCUAUUCCAGGACAUGCUGGAGGUUGUGACGAGAGAUAUAAUGAUGGAGGAUCAGGAUCAAAUAUUCAGUUUGGUAGAUUCAACCCAUGGUGGUACUGGACAUGAGGGGAUGCUUCAGCUUGAGCCUGAGCCACAUCACCAAUUGUUUGCAUCUGAAGGAGCUAUCAAGUUUCCAAUUGAACCAGUUACAGCAGCUUGGACAGAGAAGAUUAAACGACUUUACUUGCUGCUUACGACAAAAGAAUCAGCCAUGGAUGUACCAUCUAACUUGGAAGCAAGAAGGCGGAUUUCUUUCUUCUCAAAUUCAUUGUUUAUGGAUAUGCCUAUGGCACCAAAAGUUCGCAACAUGCUUUCAUUCUCGGUUUUGACACCAUACUAUACAGAAGAAGUUCUGUUCUCCAUACAUGAUUUGGAUUCUCCGAAUGAGGAUGGUGUUUCCAUACUCUUCUACUUGCAAAAGAUUUUUCCUGAUGAGUGGAACAAUUUUCUUGAGCGUGUGAAGUCUACUGAGGAGGAUAUUAAAGGGAGUGAAUCUGAUGAGUUAGUGGAAGAUCUUCGGCUUUGGGCAUCGUAUAGAGGGCAAACAUUGACCAGAACUGUAAGAGGUAUGAUGUAUUAUAGAAAAGCUCUGGAACUGCAGGCUUUUCUUGAUAUGGCUAAAGAUGAAGACUUGAUGGAAGGUUAUAAAGCCAUAGAAAACACAGAUGACAAUUCUAGGGGGGAAAGGUCAUUGUGGACACAAUGCCAAGCAGUAGCUGAUAUGAAAUUCACAUAUGUGGUAUCGUGCCAACAAUAUGGCAUUGACAAGCGGUCUGGUUCUGCACGUGCACAGGACAUAUUAAGGCUUAUGACAAGAUAUCCUUCUCUUCGAGUUGCCUAUAUUGAUGAGGUAGAGGAACCUGUCAAAGACAGUAAGAAAAAGAUCAACAAGGUUUACUACUCGUGCUUGGUGAAGGCUAUGCCAAAAUCAAAUAGUCCUUCUGAGCCUGAGCAGAAUCUGGACCAGAGUUAUCCAAGAUCCAUUGUUGACUUGCUUACAUUUGCCACUUGCCUGGCUGGAAGUCCUGGGUGUGAAGGGGAGUGCUGGAUUGUUGCCUUAAUUGCGGUUACCCCUAGUCUGCCUAAGUUGUGGCUUCUUUGGAGGGCUGAUUUUGAUCUAAGCUCAUAA